GUGACUUAUGAUGAUGUACAUGUGAACUUCACUGCAGAAGAGUGGAAUUUGCUGGAUCCUUCCCAGAAGAAACUCUACAAAGAUGUGAUGCUAGAGACCUACCAAAACCUCACGAUUAUAGGUUACAGUUGGGAAGAUCAUCAUCUUGAAGAGCAACAUCAAAGUUCUAGAAGGCAUGAAAGGCAUGAAAGAAGUCAUACUGGAGAGAAACCACAUGAAUGUAAUCAAUGUGGUAAAGCCUUUUCACGACAGUCUCAUCUCCAAAUUCAUAAAAGGACACAUACUGGAGUAAAACCGUAUGACUGUAAUCUAUGUGGUAAAGCCUUUUCACAAAGGAGUCAUCUCCAAGGACAUAAAAGGACUCAUACUGGAGAAAAACCGUAUGAAUGUAAUCUAUGUGGUAAAGCCUUUUCAAGUCACAGUAGUCUCCAAUAUCAUAAAACCACACAUACUGGAGAGAAACCUUAUGAAUGUACUCAAUGUGGUAAAGCCUUUUCAAGUCACAGUAGUCUCCAAUAUCAUAAAACCACACAUACUGGAGAGAAGCCUUAUGAAUGUAAUCAAUGUGGUAAAGCCUUUUCGUGUCAACGUAGUCUCCGAUAUCAUAAAAGGACACAUACUGGAGAGAAACCGUAUAAAUGUCAACAAUGUGGUAAAGCCUUUUCAUGUCACAGUAGUCUCCGAUAUCAUAAAAGCACACAUACUGGAGAGAAACCGUAUCAAUGUAAUCAAUGUGGUAAAGCCUUUUCACAACCGUCUCAUCGCCAUAUCCAUAAAAGGACACAUACUGGAGAAAAACUGUAUGAAUGUAAUCAAUGUGGUAAAGCAUUUUCACAUAGCAGUCAUCUCCAAAGACACAAAAGGAUACAUACUGGAGAGAAACCUUAUGAAUGUAACCAAUGUGGAAAAGCCUUUUCAAAUCACAGUCAACUCCAAGAUCAUAAACGGACACAUACUGGAGAGAAACCUUAUGAAUGUAAUCAAUGUGGUAAAGCCUUUUCAUUUCAGAGUAGUCUUAAAUGUCAUAAAAGGACACAUACUGGAGAGAAACCUUAUAAAUGUAGUCAAUGUGGUAAAGCCUUUUCAAAUCAGAGUACUCUCCAAAGACAUAAAAGGACACAUACUGGAGAGAAACCUUAUGAAUGCAACCAAUGUGAUAAAGCAUUUUCAUGUCACAGUAGUCUUAAAUAUCAUAAAAGCACACAUACUGGAGAGAAACCUUAUGAAUGUAGUCAAUGUGGUAAAGCCUUUUCAGGUCUAGGUAGUCUCCGAUAUCAUAAAAAAACACAUACUGGAGAGAAACCUUAUCAAUGUAAUCAAUGUGGUAAAGCCUUUCUAUAUCAGAGUGGUCUCCAGUAUCAUUAUAGAACACAUACUGGAGAGAAACCUUAUCAAUGUAAUCAAUGUGGUAAAGCCUUUUCAUGUCAACGUAGUCUCCAAUAUCAUAAAACCACACAUACUGGAGAGAAACCUUAUCAAUGUAAUCAAUGUGGUAAAGCCUUUUCAUUUAAACGUAGUCUCCAAAAACACAAAAAAACACAUACUGGAGAGAAACCGUAUCAAUGUAAUCAAUGUGGUAAAGCCUUUUCAGGUCUUGGUAGUCUCCAAUAUCAUAAAAAAACACAUACUGGAGAGAAACCUUAUCAAUGUAAUCAAUGUGGUAAAGCCUUUCCAUAUCAGAGUGGUCUCCAGUAUCAUUAUAGAACACAUACUGGAGAGAAACCUUAUCAAUGUAAUCAAUGUGGUAAAGCCUUUCCACAUCAGAGUAGUCUCCAGUAUCAUAUUAGAACACAUACUGGAGAGAAACCUUAUCAAUGUAAUGAAUGUGGUAAAGCCUUUUCAUGUCACAGUGGUCUCCAGUAUCAUAAAAAGACACAUAUUGGAGAGAAACUGAAUGUCCAGGACGAGCACCUCUGUCCUGGUGGCAUUGGAGGGCUCCUUCUGACAUCACAGACCGCACAACGCAAUCUGAUUGCCUGCCGCUGGGCCACCGCAGACCAGGGAGAUGACCGGAGCUUACAGAUUAUGCCAGACAUGUAG